AUGGCAAGCGAGAGCGUUGAAGGGAAGGAUCUUUAUCCUUUGGCUCUGCUUAUGGAUGAAUUAAAGCAUGAUGAUAUAGCUAACCGUGUUGAGGCGAUGAAGAAGCUGGAUACUAUUGCCACCGCUUUGGGUCCUCAAAGAACAAGAGAUGAACUGAUUCCCUUUUUGAUGGAAGUAGCACAGGACGACGAGGACGAAGUUUUUGCAGUUUUGGCAGAUGAAUUGGGUCAAUUUGUACCAUAUGUCGGGGGCCCGGAGUUUGCAACUGUGCUUUUACCACCUUUGGAGAUCUUGGCAUCCACUGAAGAGACCUUAGUUAGAGAUAAGGCUGUCGGCUCAUUGAAUAAAAUCGCAGAACAGCUGUCUCAGGAGCAACUUUUCCAUGAUUUUAUUCCUUUAAUUGAACAUUUAGCAACGGCUGAUUGGUUUUCAUCGAAAGUCUCUUCCUGCGGGUUGUUCAAAUCAGUUAUUCCUAGAGUCAAAGAUGAUGGGCUGAGAAAGGAAUUGUUGGCAUUAUAUUUACAGAUGGUCCAGGAUGAGACCCCUAUGGUGAGAAGAACAGCAGCAAAAAAUCUGCCCGCUUUGAUCGAUUUGCUGACAGAGAAUCCCGAACUAUCGACUAAUGAGGAUUGGGAUUACAUCUCUAAUAUGUUUCAAAAAAUAAUCAAUGAUAGUCAGGACAGUGUGAAGUACUUGACAGUAAAUUGUUUGAUUUCAAUCUUGAAAUUUUUCAAUACCAAAGGAGACCAUUCACAUAGUAAAGACCUAUUAGACUCGGCGACAAAAUUGAUAGGCGAUGAGGCUUGGAGAGUGCGUUAUAUGGCAGCAGACAAAUUUGAAGAACUGGCAGCUCAAUUUAGUGACAAUGAAGCUUACAUGGCUGAGUUGAUUCAACCUUUCUUGAAUCUUUGUGAAGACAACGAGAGUGACGUUAGAAAGGCCAUCGCCAAACAGGUUGCGGGAUUCGCGAAGCUUUUGCAAGAUCCAUCUGACGUACUGACAAAAGUAUUGCCAGCGGUUCAAAGUUUGAGUAUGGAUGAAAGUGAAGCAGUAAGGGCCUCUCUUGCCCUUACGGUCACCAAUCUCGUCACACUCAUGUCAAAAGAAGAAGCGAUUGAUCAUUUACUACCGAUUUUAUUGAAUAUGCUGAAGGAUGAAUUCCCAGACGUUCGUCUCAAUAUAAUCGCUAAUUUGAAGGCUGUGAAUGACGUGAUAGGUAUUGAUCUAUUGUCCGAGUCUUUACUACCUGCCAUCACAGAGCUAGCGAAGGACGUUAACUGGAGGGUUAGAAUGGCAAUCAUCGAUUACAUCCCCAUCCUUGCAGAACAAUUAGGUGUUCAAUUCUUCGAUCAACAGUUGAGCGAUUUAUGUCUAUCCUGGUUGUGGGACACUGUUUUCUCAAUUAGAGAAGCUGCUGUUAACAAUCUCAAGAAGCUCACAGAAAUCUUCGGAUCUGAUUGGUGCCGUGAUGAGAUCAUUGCCAAAUUGUUAAAAUUUGACUCUCAGUUGCUGGAAAACUUUGUUUACAGAUUCACAUUACUCUCUGCAUUGACCGAGUUAGUUCCGGUCAUCUCAUUGACCGUUGUUGCGAACCAAAUAUUGCCCUUUAUCUCUCAUUUGGCCGACGACGGUGUACCAAACAUAAGAUUCAACGUCGCUAAAUCUUACGCUGUUAUAGUGGAAAGCCUAAUCAAGGGCGGGGCCCAUUACAUUGAUACAAUAAACGGGACAAUAUUGCCGUCAUUAAAGAAAUUGACUCAGGACGAAGAUUUCGACGUCAAAUAUUUUGCCAAGCAAAGUCUGAAUCAGUGCAACGAGUUACUUAAGUGA